GGGGCAAAAUGGCUGCGGCUAAUCCGAGGAAGAGGAGUAGUGGCUGAGCUUAUUUCAUCUUGCAAAACUGAAGACAAAUUCCUGGCUAACAAUGCCUGAUAAAAUUACUUUGCAACUGGUUUUCGUAUCAGUCGUUGAUUAAUCUUCAUGUCCAGCAUUAUUUGAUCCUGAUUUCUGAAUCAUGGGACGGACGGGAGUAUGCUGUUGCUGUGCUGCUUUGCGCCCUCGUUACAAACGUCUGGUGGAUAACAUAUUCCCCGAAGAUCCCAAAGAUGGUCUUGUUAAAGCUGAUAUGGAGAAGCUGACUUUCUAUGCAGUUUCUGCACCAGAGAAGCUGGAUCGAAUUGGAGCUUACCUAGCAGAGAGACUGAGCAGAGAUGUUGUCAGACAUCGCUACGGGUAUGUUUUAAUCGCCAUGGAGGCACUGGACCAACUUUUAAUGGCUUGCCAUUCUCAAAGCAUUAAACCAUUUGUGGAAAGUUUCCUUCAGAUGGUGGCCAAGCUUCUAGAGUCAGGGGAACCAAAGCUGCAAGUUCUUGGAACCAAUUCUUUUGUCAAAUUUGCCAACAUUGAGGAAGACACCCCUUCGUAUCACAGACGCUAUGACUUUUUUGUUUCUCGAUUUAGUGCCAUGUGUCAUUCCUGUCACAGUGAUCCAGAAACACGAACUGAGAUCCGGAUUGCUGGAAUCAGAGGCAUUCAGGGAGUAGUACGUAAAACAGUUAAUGAUGAGCUCAGAGCAACCAUAUGGGAGCCUCAGCAUAUGGACAAGAUAGUUCCCUCGCUGCUGUUUAAUAUGCAGAAGAUAGAAGACCUUGACAGUCGAAUUGGCCCACCCUCUUCCCCUACAGGAGGAGAGAAAGAGGAGAACCCUGCUGUGCUGGCCGAGAAUUGUUUUAGAGAACUGUUGGGCCGAGCAACCUAUGGGAAUAUGAACAAUGCUGUUAGACCAGUUUUUGCACAUUUAGACCAUCACAGACUAUGGGACCCCAAUGAAUUUGCUGUCUCCUGCUUCAAAAUCAUCAUGUAUUCUAUACAGGCACAAUACUCCCAUCAUGUAAUACAGGAGACUCUUGGACACCUUGAUGCUCGCAAAAGGGAUUCGCCACGAGUCCGAGCAGGCAUUAUUCAGGUUCUUUUGGAAGCAGUUGCCAUUGCUGCUAAAGGAUCCAUAGGCCCAACUGUCUUGGAAGUGUUUAAUACCCUACUGAAGCACUUGCGUCUCAGUGUUGAUUUUGAAUUAGGUGAGAGGCGUAGCUCAACUGGCAGUGCCAGUUUCAGCACAAGCUCCAAAGAAAGCGACGAGAGGAUUGUCCAGAAUGCCAUUAUUCAAACAAUUGGGUUUUUUGGGAGCAAUCUCCCAGAUUACCAGCGGUCAGAGAUUAUGAUGUUCGUUAUGGGGAAAGUACCUGUUUUUGGGACAUCCUCACAUUCGCUGGAUACAAGCCACCUUGGGGAUUUGGGGACUAGGCGGAUUCAGAUCAUGUUGCUGAGAUCUUUACUUAUGGUGACUUCAGGAUAUAAUGCAAAGACUAUUGCUGCUGCUCUUCCUGCCCCAUUUCUUGAUCCUUUAUUGUCUCCUUCACUCAUGGAAGACUCUGAACUAAGACAACUGGUCUUGGAAAUAUUGCAUAAUCUUAUUGAUCGGCAUGACAACAGAGCAAAACUUAGAGGAAUACGAAUAAUACCAGAUGUUUCUGAUCUAAAGAUAAAACGAGACAAAAUUUCAAGGCAAGACGUGAGCUUCAUGAAGAAGCAUGGGCAGCAGUUGUACAGGCACAUCUACUUAGGCUGUAAAGAAGAAGAUAAUGUCCAAAAGAAUUUUGAGCUGCUGUACACGUCUCUAGCUCUUAUAACAAUCGAACUAGCCAAUGAAGAAGUGGUUAUUGACCUCAUUCGAUUGGCCAUUGCUUUGCAGGAUAUCGUCAUCAUUAAUGAGGAUAACUUGCCAAUGUUCAAUCGCUGUGGUGUCAUGGCAUUGGUUGCAGCCUACCUCAACUUUCUAAGUCAGAUGAUUGCAGUCCCUGCCUUUUGCCAGCAUGUCAGCAAGGUCAUUGAAACACGAACUGUGGAAGCACCCUAUUUUCUACCAGAAAACAUCUUCAAAGAUAAGCGCAUUCUUCCCAAAUCUUUGGAGAAGCAUGAAAAAAACUUGUUUUUCCUGACAAACAAGAUUGCAGAAUCAUUAGGCGGCAGUGGAUACAGUGUGGAAAGAUUGUCGGUGCCAUAUGUGCCCCAGGUAACAGCUCUAUUUCCAUCAGGCAAAAAGCCUCAUAAAUGCAGACGCAAAUCAAAAGAUGAAGAUAGACUCUCCAGAAGGAAGAGUGUUGUGGACACAGUAUCUAUUCAGGUGGAUAUUCUGCCUGGCAACAACACAGAGGAUAAGGUCAAUAAUACUGAAGAAAUCACCUUUGAAGCUUUGAAGAAAGCAAUUGAUAAUACUGGACUUGAAGAGCAGGAGAAAGAAAAGAGGCGUCUUGUGAUUGAAAAGUUCCAAAAAGCACCUUUUGAAGAAAUUGCAGCACAGUGUGAAACAAAAGCAAACUUUCUUCAUGAUAGACUUGCACAGAUAUUGGAGCUCACCAUUCGUCCUCCUCCUAGCCCCUCGGGAACGAUGACCAUUACUGCUGGACAUGCUCAUUACCAAUCCGUUCCAGUCUAUGAGAUGAAGUUUCCAGAUCUUUGUGUGUAUUAA